AUGACUCAUGUCGGUUCCCAUAGUCACAGCCUCUCCUCCCUCCCUCGAAGCCGAGCCGCGAUCGGCAAAAAGCUCAACCGUAGUAGCCAUAGCCGCGUGGUGGCUCAAUGCCACGUGCCUCGAUUAUCCAUCACUGCCAGCUCAUCUGCCAGCUCAGCAGCGACCGUGUCUACAUCUGCCAGCUCAGCAGACCCCGUGGCGCUAGACCCGUCGUACGGGAGUAAGGAGGUGAUUAAAGUCGACACGCGCGUCUACCAAUACAUCCUAGAACACACCCGAGAACCGGAGAUUUUAGCCGAGCUGAGGAGAGAAACCGCCACCAUGAUAGGCAAGGAGAUGCAGGUGUCACCAGAGCAGGGAGCAUUCCUGGCCAUGCUGGUGCGGCUCAUGGGAGCAAGGCGUUGCAUUGAGCUUGGUGUGUACAUGGGCUACUCGUCCCUCUCAGUGGCCCUGGCGCUUCCUCCAGACGGUCUGCUGGUGGCGUGUGAGAGGGUGCCGCACACAUUUGCAGUGGCGCAGCGGUUCUAUGAGAAAGCUGGCGUGAGGCACAAGGUAGACCCACGGCUUGGCCUGGCACAGGACACGCUGCAGCAGCUGUUGCAGGAAGGGCAGGCAGGCAGCUUUGACUUUGCGUUUCUGGAUGCGGACAAGCGGAUGUACCAAGAAUACUAUGAGCUGCUGCUCACCCUGUUGAGGCCAGGGGGUCUCCUGGUGGUUGACAACGUGCUGUGGCGUGGACAACUGGCUGAUCCUCAGGUGACUGACCGCAAGACUGAAUACCUCAGGGCAUUCAACAAAUUCAUUCGUGAUGAUCCUCGCAUCCAUCAUAGCAUUACGAGCAGAGAAAAAGGCAAGAAAGGCGGAGCCAACGGAGUCAACGGAAUCGAUUCCGAGGCGCGUGUCCGAGUGGCGCACGCGCCCGCUCGUCCCGCACGCCGCGUCGCAGUGGCCGCAGAUCCAAUCCCUGGCCGCCACGUCAGCAGGCGCCAGCCUGUCAAUCGACACGAUCUUUGCCGCCCUCGAGCUCCCGCCACUCGCGGACGGCCAUCCGCUGCUCCCGGUGCGCGUCCGGCAGCACGUGAACCCCUUAAAAAGACGUCUCUAAUGGCGCCGCCGCCGCCCGUGGACUGGGCGGCAGUGUAUGAGGACCCGUCGCUGCCUCUGGUGGUGGACAUUGGGUCGGCAAGUGGGCGGCUGGUUUUGGCGCUUGCUGUGAGGGACUGGCGCUGGCGCGCGCAGCAGCGAGGGGAGGAAGGGGAGGAGGGGGAGGAGGGGUACGGGCCACCGCCACUGUCGCCGUCGUUCCUCCCCGCCCCACCACUCAACUAUCUCGGAUUUGAGAUCCGUGACAAGCUCGUGCAGCGCGCCGACACGUGGCGCCGCCAGCUGGCGCUGCGCAACGCGCACUUUGUCGUCGCCAACGCCACGUCAGCGCUCGAAUCCGUGCCGGCGACCUACCCGGGACCACCUGUGGCCAUUUCGAUCCUCUGCCCCGACCCGCAUUUCAAGAAUAAGCACAGGAAGAGGAGGGUGGUGCAGUGGGGGUUGGUGGAGGCGAUUGGGCGGGUGAUGGUGCCAGGUGGACACGUGUUUGUGGAGUCUGACGUGGAAGAGGUGGCUGCUGACAUGUACUGGCAGUUUGCGGAGUAUGGGAGGGGAGGGAGGGGAGGAAGGGAGGAGGAUGCUGAGGGUAAGAGGGGGAGAGUCAAGAGUGAGGAUGAGGGAGGGGAGAGGGAGUGCGAGGGAGGGGAGCGGGAGAGUGAGGGAGGGGAGAUUUUUACGGUCAGUGAAGGCGUGCUGACAGUGCGAUUUGUUCCAAGAGACCUUGUGGCAGGAGCAGGUGGGGGGGAGGAAGGAGAGGGGAGUGUGUGGCAGGCAAGGACAGGUGGGGGCGGCGCAGGCGAGGAGAGGGCAGGGGAGGGUAGUGCAGGGGAGGGAAUAAGGUGGCUGAAUCACAACCCUCUGGGGAUGCCGACUCAUCUCUUCAUCCCCUUCCUCGCCUUCCCCCUUCCCUUCAUUUCCUCAGUUCCUUUUCCACUCACCCCUCAACCCCUCAUCGCCUUGGCCUCUCGGCGCUCCCGGUUGGACGUGCACGAGUUCAACGGUGACUUCCGAGGAGCUGCAGGGCUGCCAGCACAAUGCUGCCAGCACAAUGCUGCCAGCACAAUGGCUUCCCGUCGCUCCUGGCUGGACGUGCACGAGUUCAACGGUGACUUUCGAGGAGGCCCGGCUCGCUUCAGAGUCACGUCUGUCAUUGGCCACGUGCUCAGCAUCGACUUCCCUCCCAGCUACCAGAGCUGGGACGCCACAGACCCGGCAGCACUCUUCACUGCCCCCACCAUCAAAACCGAAUCCAACCCCAAGGCUCAUGUGUGCAAGCACCUACAGACGGAGGCCAAGGGGUGUGAUGCCCUUGUGCUCUGGCUGGACUGCGACAGAGAGGGCGAGAACAUCUGCUUCGAAGUGAUGGCUCACACGCAGCCCAGCAUGAGGUCACCACAAAACGUCUUCAGGGCCAAGUUCUCAGCAAUAGGAGAGAAGGACAUUCGGCAGGCGAUGGGACACCUGGGGGUACCCAAUGAGGUGGAGGCCAAGGCAGUGGACGCACGGCAGGAGAUCGACCUAAAAGUGGGGGUGGCGUUUACGCGGUUUCAAACGCGCUUCUUCCAAGGGAAAUACGGCAACCUUGACUCGUCGCUCAUCUCGUACGGCCCGUGCCAGACGCCCACGCUCGGCUUCUGUGUGGCCCGCCAUCAGCGCAUCACGUCGUUUGUCUCGGAGCCCUUCUGGGCGGUGCGGCCAAUCGUCGUGCGCGACGGCCGCCAGCUGGCACUGCAGUGGGCUCGGGGGCGGCUGUUCGACAAGGAGGUUGCAGAGUUCUUUCAACGAGACGUGGCAGCGGGCGGUGCUGCAGUUGUGAGGAGCGUUGUGGGGAAGGAGGAGAGGAAGGGGCGACCUACAGGGCUGAACACGGUGGAGAUGCUGAAAGCUGCUUCCAGUGGGCUGGGCAUGGGGCCGCACCACGCCAUGCAGAUCGCUGAGAGACUUUACACUCAGGGUUACAUCAGCUACCCUCGCACGGAGUCAACAGCCUACCCCUCCUCCUUUGACUAUAAAGAAGCCCUUUCGAUACAGUCACGGCACCCCAUAUGGGGGGAGUACGUGCAAUCACUCCUGCAGCUCGGGCCCUCGCCGCCCAGGGCGGGAAAAGACGAGGGAGACCACCCGCCCAUCACGCCCAUGCGCGCUGCAGACGAGGGGGAGCUGGGUGGCGGAGACGCGUGGCGGUUGUAUGACCUUGUAACGAGGCACUUUAUAGGGAGUUUCAGUCCAGACUGCAGGAUCGCAAGGACACGUGUCACCUUCUCAGUGGCUGGAGAGCACUUCUCAGCAUCGGGACGAAAGCUGCUAUCCGCAGGAUUCACUGCAGUCAUGCCGUGGCUGGCGGUGGGGGACGAGGGGCUCCCCGCCUUCGUGCAGGGGGAGAGCGUUGCACUGAGUGCCGUGGAGCUCUAUGAGGGCCGCACCUCCCCACCUGACUACCUGACUGAGAGCGAGCUGAUUGGGCUGAUGGAGCGACACGGCAUUGGCACUGAUGCGUCCAUCCCCGUUCACAUCAACAACAUCUGUGAACGGAAUUAUGCACAGGUGGCACCCGGUCGCAAGAUUGUGCCCACCACCCUCGGCACCACGCUCGUGCGCGGGUACCAGCAGAUCGAUCCGGACCUUUGCUUGCCGGACAUCCGACGGUUCAUAGAGCAGCAGAUUACGCUGAUCGCGCAGGGCAAGGCGGACCACGGCAGGGUGGUGACGCUCGUGCUGCAGCAGUUCUUCGAGAAGUUCAAAUACUUUGUCAGCCAGAUUGCUCGGAUGGACUCGCUGUUUGAAGCCCACUUCUCCCCUCUCGCCGCCUCUGGCAAGCCCAUGGGUCGCUGCGGCAAGUGCGGGCGAUUCAUGCGCUUCGUGCCGUUAAAGCCCACACGGUUGUUCUGCCCGACAUGUGAAGACAUCUUCAAUCUCCCGCAGAACGGUGCUAUCAAGCUCUACAAGGAGCUCACCUGCCCGCUCGACAACUAUGAGCUGGUUCUUUACUCUCUGCCCGGACCUGAAGGAAAGACUUUUCCUCUCUGCCCGUACUGCUACAACCAUCCUCCUUUCGAAGACCUGGGAAAGCCAACCACCCCUGCCACCAGCAUCAUUGCCACCUCCUCCAAACCUGCUGCCGAGCCUGCUUCCGGACUUACCUCCCAAGCCUCCUCCAGGACAGGUUCGUCGGUCUUCACUGGCAUGGCGUGCACGAGCUGCCGCCACGUGUCGUGCCGCCAUUCGCUGGUGAGCAUGGCCGUGUGUCCCUGCCCUGAGUGUGAGGGGACUCUGGUGCUCGACCCUCCCAACAGCAGGGGAAGCAGGGGCAGCAGGGGCGGGAGAGUGAGAAAGAGGGUGGUUGGUGCCCCGAGUGCGGAUCUGCCCGGAUAA